GUAUUUUAGGCAUAAGGCACCAACAUUGUGUCUUCACGGUUUGCCUUAAAGCCAAUAUAAAAGCCAACAGCCGUUGCUGAGUAACAGUUUAAAAGCAUAACGUUUCCGCUCAAGACGUCUCGUUUGGAGCUUUUUUCCACAGGCUCUGUUUGUGAGGCCUAAAGUUUGGGUUUAGUUUUUUUUUAUUAUUGUUGAGAGGGAAAGGUUCGUGAUUUAAAUCAAAAGUGUCCAAGUGCGUGUCCUAAGCCCAAGGUGUUAGUGUGAGGGGGAAUAACAUCAAUUGGAGGUUAAUUGGAGCAUAUAAAUGAUUGAAGUGUAAAUUGGAUUUAAGCCAUCAACGACUCCCAAUUAGUGGUGCAGAGAUCUUCCCAUUUUUGGCCGUAGCACCAUCAUCAAACAGCAAAUAAAAUGUCUAAGGUGUUUCUAGUGAUUGCGCUCGUGAUGGUGGCCAAUGGAGUGUUGGACGCCAAGAGUGCAGACAAGAACGCCAAGAAGGCCUUCUCAGCUAAACCCACCAAAGGUCCCAAAUCCGUUGUUGAGCAAUUCAGCGGACUACCAGAGGAUGAUGUCAAGUUCAUCAAGGAACUGGACAAACAAUUUAAGCUCCACGGAGACAAAAUCAAAAUCAGAAUUGAGAGGGACAAUAGCACAGCUGCUGCAGGAUCCGGGAAAAACUCCAAGAGAGGUCUAGAUGGAGAUCUUGGGUACGGUUUCCAUCGAAAUCGCAGACCUGGACCGAAUUUCUUCUUCUCAAAGCCAAAAUUGGAGUUCUACCCUUACUCCCAAGAGGAUAUCCCACCACUACCUCAUGUAGCUCAGCAGCAACUUCAGCAGCAACAAUUCCACCAGCAACUUCAUCACCGAAAUCGUCAGAGGCUAAACUAUCAAGCCAGACCUCAACCCUUCACCCAUGUUGAGAUCCAACCCUCGCCUGGCUAUGAAAUCAAGGAGAAUACCUUUGACCAUCCACCACCGCCCCAACCUCCCCAACCCUACCAUCAGGACUUCCAGCCGCAGCAAAUUUAUGCAGAACCUGUGAUUGUUCUCAAGAUUCCCGGACCUCAAAAGUAUGCUGCUCACUUGAAGGUCCUUCUUCAGCAGUACUUAGAACUGAGAGCAGCUCAGUACAUCCAAGAACUACAGCAGCAAGAACAAGCCCAUCUACAUGGAAAUGCCGUUCAGGAGACCUAUGUUGAGGAACACAUCCCAGAAACAAAUGCCCAUACCUUAGGGACCCAGCCUAUUGUUCCUCAUGAAGUCUACGGACCUCCUGGACAUCAGGAAACAAGCUAUGUACAUCAAGAACAUCAGGAAGUUCCCGUUGAGCAAGCCUAUGAAGCACCCCAGCAAGUCCAGGCUGUUUACGAAGAGCAUCAACAGGGCCAAGCUGUCUACGAAGAUCACCAACAGGGUCAAGGUACCUAUGAGAACCAUCAGCAAGGACAGGUCGUCUACGAAGAACAUCAGCAAGGACAGGCUGUUUAUGAAGCUCCUCAGCAGGGCCAGGCUGUCUAUGAAACCCAUGAAGUUCACUAUGCACCCCAACAAGCCGUCUUCAUCAACCAGAAUCUGUACCAACAGGACCCAAGGCACGCUUAUCAAGGACCAGCUUACCUCCCAGCUCCUGAUCAACCCGCUGAACAACAGUACUACUACCAACAGCAAGAGCAGCAUCAUCAUGGAGAAGACGACCUGCCCACAUCAGAAAACUACCCCAGCGAGCACCACACAAGGGUUGUCUUCACGAAAGAACUCCAGAAAGCAGUAACUCCCAGCACGACUCAUGUUGAGUACCAGCAGGAGUAUCAGGGUCCCGUUGAAGCCCAUUCCACUGUGGCCCCUGUAGCCUUCCGUGCCCAGGAAUACUACCAGCCACAUGAGAUGGAAGUGGAUGUGCAUGGAGAGGAGGGUGUUGUGGCCAUCACACAGAAACCCUUCAACUAUCACAGUCACGUGAGUUCCAGCACGACGCUGAGUCCGUCCAAAAGUGCCAAGCGGGAUGCUCCUCCCUUCACGCAGGAGCAAUUCAAGAAGCUGAGCAAGUUGGUGCACAAGCUCAAGAGGAAACAGGAAGGCACUGAAGAUAGUACUUAAAUUCCUUUCGCCAGCGAGAUGUGUAAAUAGGAAGUCUCUAAGCAUUUAUUUAUUUUCUUCACCUUCCCUCUAAAUAGGACAAGCUUAACAUGUAAGAACUAAGAAUUAAAGAAUAAAGAGCAGUUUUGUACAGACAGGA